CGGUUCAGAUUCCUCAAGGACGCACGUGAGUUCUGUAGCCCUAUCACGUGUGGUGAAGUUACAAUCGUCUUACUCUUAACCUCAGCCUUUUUGGAACAUAUCUCGUACGUUUGUCAAAGAACCCAUUACCCUAUUCUCUUUUGAUUUACGGUCAACAAUUCCAAUCCCGUUGUCACUUGGCUGAAGAAGGUUCAUGGCACACACAGAGCAAAACCAAAGGGAGAAAGAGUGUCUGGUCCAGCACACUGGGGGAUGUCAUUGUGGUGCCGUUCGCUUUGAGGUCUUGAGUAACCCUGACCUACAUGUAUUUGAAUGCAACUGCAGCAUUUGUACAAAAAAGCAGAACCAUCAUUUUAUUGUGCCAAAGGCCAACUUCACUCUUCUGAAGGGGUCGGACAGCCUUACUACAUACACAUUCAACACGCACCAAGCCAAACACAUGUUCUGCAAAACAUGCGGGGUCCAAAGUUUCUACAUUCCUCGCUCCAACCCAGAUGGCUUUGGGGUAGCACCUCAUUGUUUGGACUCAGGGAAAGUGUGCAGCGUGACUGUAGAGAAGUUCAAUGGUGCAGAUUGGGAGGAGAGUAUGCAGAAGCAUCAAACUAUAAAGAACAUGUCAAAGACUUCUGAAUAGCUCUGAGAUAAAAAGAAAAAAAAGUGUCUAAGUGCUUGAAGAGUGUCUCUGUUCAAAAAUAUAAAAUUGUCUGCUGUGAUUUAUUUUGGAGAGAGGGCAAGUGCCCUCUGCAAGGGCAAGACCUUUCUUAGGCCACAUCCACACUGUUCUGUUUUCGUUUGAAUCCAAAACACUUUUGUUACAUUUUUGCCUCUCAGCUACACUACUGAAACAGAAUGAUGCGAAAUUUUCAUUCGGAAACUUUGGCUCUGCAUUUUAAUAUUGACAGCAAAAUCUGCAAACACCUGAAAAAGACCAUGUUCCCUUCAUGAUUGGACAUUGUGAUUGUCAGUUGGAUGUUUCUUCUCUCUCCAUGACUAACUGGGUGAAUGCAAGAUGGAGAAUGAAAUACAAGCUUUACUGGCCUUGCUGUCUUUAAUAACAUAUCAGUUAAAUUCUGCAUUUUACAAUGCUGGCAAUUACAUGACUGUUCAUGUGAUUUGUGCAAAUGGUCAUGAAAUCCACACUUCAGGAAUCCAGAGUAAAGGAGGUUCCGGAAUGGCAAAUGUGUGGAUGGAGAUCGGAUUAGUUUUACCAUGGCGUUUUAAAACAAAAACAUAAUAGUGUGAAAGUAUAAGUUUGCUGUUUCAUCUAGUGCUAAAAUAUGAUCAUUAUUUUGAGUUGUAACAUGAUACAAUGAUUAAAAAAAACUUUAUUGAUA